UCAUCAAUCAUUGUUGUGGAUGGGUGUGCAUACCGUCUUCGAAACCGCCUGUGUAUUGCGACUUCAGAAGGAGUAUUUGGAGAACUUGUAGGACGUGGCGAGAUACGAUCACUUUUCCGCGUAACGUCGUCAGAUCUCUACUAUGUGAAAUUCAGUGGGGAACAUAUUCUGGUACUGUCCUCUGACCAUGAACUUUUUGUGGAUGAACGCGCUGUGGAACUUGGAAGCCAAUUAAUUGCAUGUGGCAUGGGUACAGGUGUGAUAAUGCAGAUGCCUCGAGGAAAUCUUGAAACAAUUCAUCCUCGACCAUUUGUCAUCCGUGUUAUUAAACAACUUCUCGAUGCUGGGAAUUUCGUGGAAGCUCUCAAGGAUAUGAAAAAACACCGUAUAGAUAUGAACCUCAUUGUUGAUUAUAAGCCUGAUAUGUUUAUAGCCAAUAUUUCAAAGUUAGUUGCAACAUCGAAGGAUGCGGAGCUUAUCUGUAUUCUCAUUGCUGCGCUCACUAAUGAGCGAAGUAUGUGGUGUGAUGGAGAUGUAAAUCGAGUUACUGAAUUGCUGGCUGAGGAGGUUCUCAAUUUGCCCGAUGAUCGUCGUGUGGAUAUGUUUGUUGUCCUAUUAUCAGCUCUUCUGAAGUCGUCGCCACCGCAGGUGGAAAGAGCGUUACGCUGCAUAAAAGAGGAGACUAAUAAA